AUGGAAGAAGACUUGAAGUUCCUCCAAUCAAUGGGCAUUCUCCAUGAAUCCUUCAAAACCAUUCUCAAAUGGAAGAAAAUCUUCACCCAAAUCACCCUCACUCUAUUCCUCCCCAUCUCAAUCAUCCUCAUCGCUAUCAUGGAGAUCUCCAAACGAUUCUUUGACCAAUUGGAACGAGAUCCAUUUGAAUUGUUCACAGGCGCUCAGGAGGCUUACCGAUCUUACUACAACGCCAGAGCCACCUCCAUUGAUUGGAUCUACUACUUGCUCUUCAAAAUCAUCUCCAUCACCUUCAUCAUCCUCUUCUGUCACCUCUUCACCGCCGCUGUUUCUUACACCGUCGCAUCUAUCUACACCAACAGCGACGUCAGUUACCGGAAAGCCAUGAAAGUCGUAGUGAAGGUAUGGAAACGACUCAUCCUUACUCUCCUCUCUAUGUUCCUAGUGUUGUUCGCUUACAACUUAAUCGCUGCCGUCUUCUUCUUUUUCUGGUACGUCAUAUGCUUCAACUCCGUCACAUCCGUUCUCGUUCUGUUCGCCAUUUUCAUCCCGUAUGUUUUAGGGUUUUUGUACUUGAGCAUCAUUUGGCAACUCGCUUGCGUCGUUUCCGUUCUGGAAAACUCUCAUGGACUGAAAUCCUUGAUCAAAUCCAUGGAUCUGAUGAAGGGAAAAAGAAGAGUCGCAUUAACGAUUUCCUUUCUUUCAUACACAAUUUUUGUCGGAACUGUUUCUAUGUAUAUGUCGUUGGUCCUCUACGGCGCCGGUGGGUUGGUGUUUCCAUGGAAACAGGUGAUCGGAAUCUUAUGUGUCGUUCUGUUAUUAAUCACAUUUCUACUUUUUACGGUGACCCAAUCGAUCCUUUAUCUCGUCUGCAAAUCACAUCAUCGAGAAGCCAUUGAUAAACUAAGCUUAUCGACUUAUUUGGGUGCUUUUUUUGGGGAAUCACAGCCAGUUUUCAAAAUUGGUGAAGAUAUUCAGCUUGGAAGAACUCCAUCUCAAGUAUGA